AUGACUGUUCCUUCUCUUCCCAAAACAACAACCGCUCCUCUUCCCUCUACCACGCGUCCCUUACCCAAAACCUCCCCCCAUCCUCUCCCCCACACUGCUCCCCCUCUAUUUGACCGUGAGCCCUUCAUAGUGACCUGGAACAUCCCAAAGCUGGUCUGUAACAGGUACAACAUCUCCCUGGACACCUCCCCCUACAGAGGCGUGGCCACACCUGCCAAGGUGCCAGGUCAGUUCCUGUCUCUGUUCUAUACUGACCGACUGGGGCUCUACCCCCACGUGGACCUGCCUUCAAGGCAGCAGUUCUACGGAGGCAUCCCCCAGAGAGGAAACCUUAGGGCCAGUCUGGCCAAGGCCCGUGUUGACAUCAACUACUACAUCCCCUCCAAGAUGGCCCGUGGCCUGGCUGUGAUCGACUGGGAGGACUGGCGCCCCCUGUGGGCCAGGAACUGGGGCUCCAAGUGGAUCUACAGGACCCUAUCAGUGACCCAUGCCCGCCAGAGGGACCGCUCACUCACAGCUCGGCGGGCCACGGCUACAGCCAAGAAGCAGUUCCAGGCAGCAGCCCGCAGCUACAUGGCAGAGACUCUGUCUUUGGGUAGCCGGCUCAGGCCCAACUACCAGUGGGGAUUCUACCUGUUCCCCAACUGUUAUAACCAUGGAUGGAUGGAGCCGGGAUACACAGGGAGAUGUUCCAGGGAGGUGAGGGGGCAGAACGAUGAGCUACUCUGGCUGUGGGAGGCUAGUUCCGCACUCUACCCCUCUAUAUACCUGCAGGCGUCUCUAGGGGACAGGCAUAGCGCCGCCCUCUUGGUGAGGAACCGAGUCCAGGAGGCGCUGAGGGUGUCUGCCCUGCCCGCCCGGCCCAACACCGCACCCGUCUACGUGUACACACGACCCGUCUUCAUCGACCAGAACAGACGCUUCCUCAGCCAGGGGGACCUUGUCAGCACCAUCGGGGAGAGUGCUGCUGUGGGGGCCUCAGGAGCCGUGCUGUGGGGGGCCAGUGCCGACUACGAUGACAAGGCGUCCUGUGAGGCUCUUUCCUCGUACCUCACCACCACGCUCAACCCCUACGUCGCCAACGUGACAGCCGCCGCCCAGCUCUGCAGCGACUUCCUGUGCCAGGGGAACGGGCGCUGCGUCCGGAAGCACUAUGAGUCGGACCACUACCUCCACCUGUCCUCAGAGAACUUCCGUAUCCUCCGGGCCAGGGGCACGUACAUGGUCCUGGGGACGCCCAGUCUGGCUGACCUGACUCUCUUCUCCAGGAGGUUCACCUGUCAAUGCUAUGCAGGACGGACAUGUGCCCCCAAGCUGCCCAUACACCUGUCUAAAGCACUAGUGUUUAGACUGAAGCAGCAGGGUCUGUCUGACAAGACCAAGACACUGAAUAAAGUGAUAGCUGAUAUGGAACAAUCAACCAUUAAAGAGAACUUGAAAAAACACUGAAACACAGAUGGAUGGAUCAUGAGUGUUGACCUG